AUGCACAUUCUCAUGGUGGGUCCAGAUGCUGUGGGGAAGACCACCAUCCUGUACAAACUGAAGCUGGGUGAAACCGUGACCACCGUUCCCACCAGAGGCUUCACCGUGGGAACCGUGGAGGACAAGACCAUCAGCUUCACCGUGUGGGACAUGGGCAGCCAGGACAAGAUCCAGCCUCUGUGGCGCCACUGCUUCCAGAACACACAAGGUCUCAUCUUCGUGGUUGGUGGCAACGACAGAGAGCAGGACCUCCCCAACGUCAUGAAUGCGGCUGAGAUCGCGGACAAGCUGGGGCCGCGGUCCCUGCGCCACAGGAACCGGUAUGUUCAGGCCACCUGUGCCACCCGCGGGCCCGGGCUUUAG